UUAAUUUUGCUUUUGAUUUCAGGAAUCGAGACAGUGUCGUAAUUUGAAAAAACUUUCAUCAAUAGUUUGCCUGGAAUUUUUUAGCUCGUUUUUCCGCAAUGCGUGCGUUUCUCCUGAAAUUGAACUACGGUCUCCAAGACCUUUCAUACAUGGAGUUGAACGGACGUGGGGCGAAAGGCGGUGGCUCAAGAAGAUGCGGUGCAAAUCCGAGUCAAAUGCUGAAGGUUUCGUGUUAUUUUGAAAAGUUUGAAAACAAGUGUGUUGCAGAGGGGAUGCAGUUUCGACUACAUGUUCACAAAGAGAAAAAUGGGGUGAAACUUGGUCCGGUUUGUUCCAAGCAGUCCAGAUUGGAGUUGAUUUUCUCCAUCUAUCAGUGCCCAAGCGAGGACUUCAUACUAACUGUGGUUGGAACUGUGAAGCAACGCUUCGGGCUGUAUCUACUCGUCAACAAUAACGUUUUGCGACUUGAUAAAAAAUUCAUGUGUAUUCUGAGACAUGGGGACAUCAUCCAAGGAUUUUUCUUCAAAAUUCACCCGGUGUGA